GGUUAUUCGACUUCGCUUCUAGCCAUGCCGCGACGGCGGACAUCUGCUUUCUUGCCCUCUUUCCCCACUGCUUUGCUUUCUUGGACGCUCUGUACGGCAUGCGUCGCUGCGAAGGUCACACCCUUUUUACAACAGAGCUUUUAUUUUGAUUAUGCUCCAUCCUCUCAGCCCGUUCCAAUACCGACCACAAUACAAUGCGACACGAUCGACAUAACGUGGAGCAGGCAAUCGGCGACCGGACCUAGCCCCACUGCUCCAUACUAUCUGCAGAUAUAUACCUCGACGUUUGUCGUUCCGCUCGUCGUACCGGCGGGCAGCGGACUUGAAUUCGAUUGGCCCGUGCCGUUUACUCCGGGAACACAGUAUCAAAUAUGCAUGUUUGAUAAGAAUGGAAAUCCAGGCGGUUGUCAACGGAUGUAUACGGUCAUCCCAAAUGCGAACACCACACUCGACGAGCCCGUGACGUGCACCAAUCUAUCAUACCCCCACCCAGACCAGGUGCUGGACGUGGAGGGCACAUUCUGGAAUGGACCGAUCUCUCAGUUUGGAUGGCCGGACCAGUGCACGGAUAUUCAGCUCACCCCGAAGAACGGGACCCCUCCAUUCACCUUGACGGUCGCUCCUGCAUUGCACCCUCCAUACAACAUAACGUCGAAAACCAUGGAUCCGAUAAAUUGGACGGUGUCGCUGAACUGGGGGCAGCCAUUUUUCCUAUCGUUAGUCGACUCAGAGGGCAACGGCUGGGCGCAAGGUCCCCUUCAUGCAGGUCAAAACGGUCCAACGUCCUGCUUGGACUUAUCUUCCCAUGAUACAGGGAAAACAGUUUCCGCGGCUGUGGCUGCCGGUUCCAGCGUCGCCGGCCUCGUAGUAGGCGCCUGUCUGGGACUAUUCGCCGGCUGGCUCUUCUUGUACUACCGUCAACGCGACAGACGCCCCUACUUUAUGCGACGCGGUUCCAAGACAUCACUGGGCCAUAUCGACGAUCCCCAUACGCCUGGCUUCGGCAGCCUCUCAGACUACUCCCGCGUGCCUCUCAGUCCUAAUAACGAGUUUGGCGCGGCCAUAGGCGGGACCCAUAGCGCGGGCCCAUCGACGUCCUCCAGCCGUAUACCCCAUAUGACGUCGCAGUACCACAUCGAACCGUUCAUCCCGCCGAGCAUGGGGUCCGAACCUACAGCGCCGGCAGGCGCGGUCACCUCAGAUGGGCGCCAAUCCCCCAGCCAGGCGCACAGCCGCGUCGUAUCGGGCGGGUCCACGGCGGAAGCAUCCACCACCGGCCAGCAGGUGUACGUCGUCCACCACGACGGCGGGCGUGCCCCCGUGACGGUCUACACCGCGAACGGGGCCGAGGUCGUCGAGCUGCCGCCAAGCUACGUCGCGUCCGCACGCGAAGUCGAGCCCGGGGCCUCCGACUCCGGGCGUUCCGGCUCGGACUCGUCUCGCGCGCCAGGAUCCGGACCGGAGGCGAUCCAUCAGCGUCGCCAACCGAAUAUGCCGCGCAAGCAAGCGAUGAGGCUCGCGACGCUGAGCCACAACCCCCCUGACGGUCCGGGUCCGACGUGAUAAGAUGUUUGGAGGAUUGCUCGCUGCUCAGCCAGGGUCAGGCUGUUGGACCUUUUCCUGUCUUGUUUCUGUCUCUAGAUCCUUGUACACGUAUACCUCACACGCUCGUGCACCUUUUCAUGCGCUUUACGGUGACCCCCCACAUUCCUUCCACUAUAUAUUUGAGUAUACCUAGCCUGUCGUGUAUUCCGUCCUCCUGGAGCAUAAUCUCAACCAGUGCUUUGCC